GUUAUAUAUUUUGAUAAACCUAAAUCUAUCCAAUUAUUCCUUUAUACAUGUAUAUAUGCACAAACAUAUGUACGUACAUGUGUGUAUGCGUGCACGCGUAUGUUGUACAUGUGUAUAAUUCUAUUCUUUAAAGUGGCACAUGGAGUAUGUACAUUGCAUAUACUUGAGUGGAGUUUGUAUUUAAUAUUAUCAACGAAAUUUUUAGAUACUCAGACUGAAAAGGUGGAAACAGUACAAAAAAAUAAAAGAACUAUUUCAGUUAACAAUAACAAAUUAAAAUUAUCGUUCAAUGAUAUAAAGAAGCAAGACAAUAAAUUGCAUCAUAAGUAAAUACACGAUGUGACAAAAGAAAACAUUAUUGUUUUUUGAGAAAUUAUUGUUACAAGCUUACCGAAGUUAUUAUAAUGGAGAGGAAUAUUCUAAAGAAGUCUGCAACUGAACGGGAAUUGUAUUUCCUGAUAGCAAAAUUCCUCGAAAAUAGUCCUUGUACAGAAACUGCUAAAAUUUUUAAGAGUGAAUUAGAGGCGCUUAAGGUUUUACCACAGCGACUUGAUUGGAAAGGUAUUCCACAUGAUCAAAAUUUUGAAGAAUGGAAAAAAAAGUAUCCAUACAUCAAUUCAAAUUAUUUGUUGCAAAUAUGUGAACGAAUACACUCUACUCUUGAAAAAGAUGUACCUUCUUGUGUUUCAACUACUCCUUCUUUACUCGGAGCUGGUAAACAAUCACUCUUGCGAACCAAAGAAGAUAUUUUAAAACACCGUCUUAGUAUUGUAACAUACUCAGGAAGACGAGGAAGAAGGCCGUUCUUCGGUCAAAAUGGAAAUUUAAUAUGUGAUAAUAUUGUUCGGAUUAUUCAAGGCCGUGAAAAUUCUGGACCUUUAAAUCGAAGAGAGGCAAUCCCACCUAAAUUUUAUUCCAAACUACAAUUAUAUCGUCAUACGUUAGGUCAUUUGUCAGCAGUUUACUGUGUUUUAUAUGACCGAACAGGAAAAUACAUCAUUACAGGAGCUGAUGACUUACUUGUUAAAGUAUGGAGUGCAAUUGAUGGUCGAUUGUUUGCCACUUUUCGAGGGGCUUCAUCAGAAAUAAUGGACAUAGCAGUAAAUUUUAAUAAUACGCUUUUGGCGGCGGGAAGUUUGGAUCGGAUCUUACGAAUUUGGUGCUUCCAAACAAUGUCACCAAUAGCAGUAUUAUGUGGACACUCGGGGAUGGUUACCUCUGUUAAUUUCUGUCCUAUCACCUGCUAUGGUGUUAAUUACCUGGUAUCAACAAGUACGGAUGGAUCAGUGGCAUUUUGGUCGUACACUCAAAAGUCCAAUGAAAGAGCAGUUUUUCAACCAAAGCCUAUACAAUAUCAUGAAAAAAUGAGACCUGGACAAGCACAAAUGAUCUGUGCAUCAUUUAGCCCAGGCGGUACCUUUAUGGCAGCUGGUUCUGCAGAUCACCAUGUGCGUGUGUAUGCCAUGUUAGAAGAAGAAGGUCCUCGCCGUGUUCUUGAAGUUGAAGCCCAUACAGAUACUGUUGAUAGUAUACAAUGGGCUCAUAUGGGAUUAAAGUUUAUUUCUGGAUCAAAAGAUGGAACAGCAAAUGUUUGGCAUUUCGAACAACAACAGUGGGUGCACAAACGUCUUUCAAUGAACACGAAAUUAUCUGAUGAUGUUAAGGUUGAUGAAGAUACAGUAAAAAAAGCAAAAGUAACAAUGGUAAGCUGGGACGUAAGCGAUGAGUGGGUAAUCACAGCAGUAAAUGAUAGUUCGUUAAAGGUGUGGAAUGCUAAAAGUGGAGAAUUAAUGAAGAUUUUAAGAGGUCACAAAGAUGAAGUCUUUGUUUUAGAAGCUCAUCCUAUUGAUCCUCGAGUAAUAUUAAGUGCUGGACACGACGGACAGUUAAUUGUUUGGGAUGUGCUUAAUUCUGAACCAAUAGCAUGUUUUCAAAAUUUCAUUGAAGGACAGGGUAACGGAGCUGUAUUUGAUGCGAAGUGGUCACCAGACGGUACAAUGCUUGCAGCUACAGAUUCUCAUGGCCAUUUAUUGAUGUAUGGAUUUGGAUCUGGAGUUGAAAAACUCAAAAUUAUUCCCAAGGAAUUGUUCUUUCAUACAGACUAUCGACCACUCAUUCGAGAUAGCAAUAAUUAUGUAUUAGAUGAACAAACACAAACUGCACCACACUUGAUGCCUCCGCCAUUUUUGGUUGAUGUCGAUGGAAACCCGUAUCCACCAUCGCUUCAACGAUUAGUCCCUGGUAGAGAAAAUUGUCGGGGAGAACAAUUGGUUCCCAAUAUUGCAGUAGGUGUUGGAGGAUUACAAGAAGUUAUCGAAGGAAUACCAGAUCCUGAACCACGCUCAAAUAUCGACCGUCUUAUUGAAGCUCUUGCACAAAGACAAAAUUUGAACACCGGAGAUAAUGAAAAUAUUGACGAUCGCGAAGAAAAUUUUAAUGAAUCUCAAAUCCGUCAAAUAACUAGUCCACGUGGUAAUCGUUUAGGAUUACGAAGAGUUGGAGAUGUUGAAGGAGUGAGACAAAGUAGUGGAAACUGGCAACGAGAUAAUACUACACCUUGGAAUAAACCAAUCCUUGUACCACCGAUUCAUGAAGCAAUACAACAAACGCAGCUAGAAAAAUUGUAUUCAAUGGUCGAUAUGGAAAUAGAAAUUUGGAAAAGAGAAAUGAAGAAACGCCCGUUACCUCCUGUGAAACUUGUUGAAGCUUCAGAUCAUGCUAAUAACUAUUUAACGAAUCGAAAACGGAAAAAUGGAGUAAGACAUGGUUACCGAACCAGAGCCGCAAGAGAUGAAGAACAAAAUGAUGACGAAAAUAAUUCGGAAAAUAGAGAGCUUUCAGGAACUUCGGCAAGCAGUCAUAGCAAUGACUCUUCGGCUCAUGAAGAAGAUUUGUGUUCUGACACUACUACGUCAGAUACAAGUAGUGAAUAUUCCGAUUGGAUUGCAGAUCAUGGAUUACACUUAGAACCACCAACUCGGAGUAAAAGAAAACCAAUGAAUAAAAGAUCGGUCACACCAUCUACUGAUCUGAAUAAGCAGAGAAACCAACGUCUGAAGAAAAAGUUAAUGACAGUACCAAAUGGAACAGCGGAAGUACCUGACGUUUUUCGUCCUUCAGAAUGGCUUACUGAAGUAAUACCUCGUAAAGCACCAUAUUACCCACAAAUAGGUGAUGAGGUGGUAUAUUUUCGACAAGGUUAUAAUUUAUAUUUUGAUGCAGUCAAGAACAAAAAAGUUUACUCUUUGAGCACACGCUGUGAACCAUGGUCUAAAAUGGAGAUCAAAGCUCACGAAUUUGUAAAAGUUGUAGGCAUUAAGUAUGAAAUUCGUCCACCUCGACUUUGUUGUUUGAAAUUAGCAUUGAUGGAUGAAGAAGGCCAUUUAACAGGAAAUACUUUUACAAUAAAAUAUCACGAUAUGGCGGAUGUAUUAGAUUUUCUAGUACUACGACAAACUUUUGAAACGGCAUUAAAUCGAAAUUGGUCAGAAGGAGAUCGUUUCAGAUGUAUGAUUGAUGAUGGUUGGUGGAUGGGAGAAAUCGAAUCAAUGGAGCCACUUGAUGAAGAGUUUCCCGAAUCAUAUUUUAUGUGUUUUCGUGUGAGAUGGGACAAUGGAGAGUAUGAAAAAAUGAGUCCAUGGGAUUUAGAACCUAUAGAUGAAGAAAGACUUCCUAUUGAAAUUGGGGGUGCCGUUCCUGUUCUACCUGAAGAAAUUCAAAAUACACUGUAUCAACCUCAACCCGAUGAAUGGCCUAUGGGAGAUAGAGAAGCUACUUGCCGUCGUAUAGUUCGUGGAAUUGAUCAAGUAAUGUCACUUGCUAUAGCUGAACCAUUUAUAACUCCAGUUGAUCUCAAUAUUUAUCCGGCUUAUGCAUUUGUUGUUGAAUACCCUAUCGAUUUGUCGACCAUUAAAACACGUUUGGAGAACCAUUUUUAUCGUAGAAUCAUAUCCGCACAAUUUGAUGUUAGAUAUUUGGCUUCUAAUGCUGAAAAAUUCAAUGAACCUCAUAGUCAAAUCGUAAAAGCCGCAAGAAUCGUUACCGAUUUAUGUUUACGUAUAAUAAGAGAAACUACAGAGAUCGAUGUACCAGUUGUUUAUCAUCAAUUGGUCGAUACUUAUCAGUCUUCAGAUUCAGAAGUUGAAUUACCGGAUAAAAAAAUAAUGCCUUCUACUAGUCGAUCUAGAUCAUUAAGCAAUCGGAUCUUACGUUCUCAUAAUGAAAACACCGUAGAUUGGAAAUUCGAAUGCCGACAAUUGUUAGAAAGCUUAUGGCAAUGUGAGGAUUCUCUUCCUUUUAGAGAACCGGUGGAUCGGUUAGAACACCCUGAUUACUAUCAAUUAAUAGAUACACCAAUGGAUCUUCGAACAGUGAAAGAAGAUUUACUGGGGGGUAAUUAUGAAACACCUUUAGAGUUUGCUAAAGAUAUGAAGCUAAUUUUCACAAACAGUAAAAACUACAACACUAACAAACGAUCAAAAAUAUAUUCGAUGACAGUAAGGUUAUCAGCUAUGUUUGAAGAACAUAUGCGGAGAAUCAUUUACCUGUGGAAUUCAAACAAACGGCGGAGUAAAAAUUGCCAGAUGAAAACUCGCCAGCGCGCAUCAAAAGAGUUGAAGACUUCUCUAACGACUAAUGCUGGUCCAUCUAGAAGAAGAUGUGAAACAACAAGCGAUGAUGAUGAUGAUGAGGAUGAUGAUGAUGAUGAUGAUGAUGAUGAUGAUGAUGAUGAGGAUGAGGAUGAAGAUGAUGAUGAUGAUGACGACGACGACGAUGAUGAUGAUAAUGAUGUUGUCGUUGAUGAUGAAGACGACAAUGAGCAUAAUGAUAAUAAUAACGACGAUAAUGCUGAUGAUGGUGACGAUGAUGAUGAUUAUGAUGAUGAUAAUGACAGUGGACAUAAAAGAAAAGUGAAUUUGAAAAAAAAUAAGAAACAAAAUAAAGUAACUGUUCAUAAUAAACAAACAUCGUACUGCAAUGAGUCAGGUCCAUCUCAAAUUACAAAUGGUCAUAUCAACCAUUCUACUGAUUCAAGACCAAUCAGAAAUAGGAAAGCUUCAUCAAAAAAUAUCCCGAAAAGUAAAAACGAUUCCAGUGAAUCUGAUUCGUCUACCAAUAACAUCAUUGAUGAUAAUCAUACUAUUCUACGAAGAAAAAACGAAGUUAGUCUAAGCAAUAAUAAGAAUUUAAAUGACAUCAUCAAGUCUGUAAGAAGCAGAGGAUCUAUCAUAAAAAGAGGGUUGAGAAGAAAAGGUAUUCGUACGAAUCGAUCAGCAUUAAAAAAUUAUGCAGAGAGUAAUGGUGAUGAAAAUGAUGAAAAUCAAGAAAUUAUUGAACAGCAUGAAUCUACAGCCAGUGAAAGUUCACAAAAUAUUGAAAAUGAAAGGAUACAAGCCCAUGCAAUUCCAGAAACAGAUUCAGUGCCCGAUCAAAUAUCUUAUACCAGUGGUCUAUCUCCGAAAAAUAGAAGUGAAGAAACAUCAUCAGAUAGCAGUUGCACAGAAAAAUUAAAUUAUAAUGUUUCAAAUAGUAGAGAUUCUGAAAGUUAUGAAUCUGCAGCAAGAAAUAAACAAAUAAAAUUGCAGAAAAAGGGAAGAAGAAGAAGACGGCGAAGAAAAAGAAUAUCUAUAAAUGAUUCCGAUAACGAAGAGACAAUAGGAAGUUCUCGAAGAGGGAUGAAACGUGUACGAUACUGUGAAGAUAGUGACGAAACUGAAUCUAUUCCUUCAAGAGAUAGGCGGAAAGUAAAAAAACCUGACUAUACUGAACAAAGUGAUGAAAGCCCACCUGAACCUGGGAUCAGUAUAAGUAGUAGAGGUCGUGUACGAAAAAUGACCGCAAAAGCACGUGCUUUUUUAUUAGAGUCACCAUAAUGGCCUUCUUAUAUUUUAAAGUUAAUCUAUCAAUAUUUAAAUAUGCAGGCCAAAACUUUAUAUAUGUUUUGUCAAUAUCAAUAAAAUAAAAUUUUUUUUAA